UGCCUGAGUAAAAGUCAACCAACAAAAAACCAGCGGAUUCACUCUUUCGAACGUAGUAGUCUCAUCUUGUUCGUCUUCUUCCGUUCUCCGAUCCUCUGGAAUUCGCUCAGGAAGAAACGGUGUUUGUUGGACUGAUCGAUCCGAUUGAAGUACCAUGGGAGGGGCUGGCCAUGGACAUGGAGGAGAAGGCGCUCAUGGCGAUUUCAGGAGCAAAGUCUGGAGCAUGCCCGGUGGGGCUUACUGUAGGCCCAAGCAUUGGCGUCGCAACACCGCCAUUGCUAUGUUUGGCGUCUUCCUCGUCUGCAUCCCUAUCGCCAUGAAGUCUGCUCAGCUCGAGCAACGGCCACAUAUGCCGGUACGCCCAAUUCCGUCGCAGCUGUGGUGCAAGAACUUUGGGACAAAGGACGAUUACGAGAAGGAGCAUUAAUAAGCUAUCGCUUUGACUGGUUUCUUGAAUCUGCAGAAGAUGGGAGGUCUUACGCUGGGCAGAUUUCAUCUGGGGGUACGACUGAGCCAAAGUAUUUGAUUCCGUUCCGUGUGAAUGAUAUAUAUAUAUAUAUAUAUAU